AUGGAAUACACCAAAAACAGAUUGACUACAACUGUGGAAAGAAAUGGUGAAAAUCAAGCUGAGGAGACUUGGAGCUGCUACACCUUUCCCACCAACAGUUCAAGUCCUAAAUUAGGGUGGGACAAGUUGGUCAAGGUAUGGAACCUGGCUAACUGCAAGCUGAAAACCAACCACAUUGGCCACACAGGGUAUCUGAAUACUGUGACUGUCUCUCCAGAUGGUUCCCUUUGUGCUUCCGGAGGCAAGGAUGGCCAGGCCAUGCUCUGGGACCUCAAUGAAGGCAAGCACCUCUAUACCUUAGAUGGUGGGGACAUCAUCAAUGCUCUAUGCUUCAGCCCCAACCGCUACUGGCUCUGUGCUGCCACAGGCCCUAGCAUCAAGAUCUGGGACUUGGAGGGUAAGAUCAUCGUUGAUGAACUCAAGCAGGAAGUUAUCAGCACAAGCAGCAAGGCAGAACCGCCCCAGUGCACCUCUUUGGCAUGGUCUGCUGAUGGCCAGACCCUGUUUGCUGGCUACACAGAUAACCUGAUGCGUGUGUGGCAGGUGACCAUCGGCACUCAGUAGAAAUUUAUGGCAAAGUUUUA